AUGACCCUUGAAACUUAUCACCUUGGAUCUUACGCUCUGUUAAGAUCAAAUACCACGACUAACAUCUUGACGGCACUUGUGCUCAUCGUGGAAGCGGAGGAAAGCAAUGUACUCGUGCUGCAACUAUUCAACCGCGAAGACAUUUCUGCCGACAAAGACACUCAUAAAGGAACUGUCUUAAUUGCCAAAGAGCCCUAUUUGAAGGUUUCGGCUGAUGGAGAUAAUAUGGUCCGAGUCGAGCACCUUUCCGAUGUCCUAUUCAUCCAAGAAUGGCAUCCUUUAACUCCAGUGCCUUGGAAGAGUGCGAAUGUGCAGUUUUCGAAUUGUGCCAACAGAUGGAAGCUCAAGGGCAAUGCUUCGUUUGGCAGGAAUGACUACCAGUUCGCUAUUGAAUGGCACAUAGACAAAUCAUAUCCAGUCCAACGUGCGCUGGCUUUUAUAAAGGCUGAGCAAUUUGAUGCUGCUCUUCGCGCUCUUGAGGCAGCAUCUUGA